CCCCGCUCCCGGCCCCGGCCGGCCAGGGAAGCGGCCCCUCCCCGGCCGCCCGCCGGCCCCUCCCGUUACACCCGGGGGAAGGUGUUCCCGAGACCGCUCCCAUCCUCACCCCGCCUCCCCGCUUCCCCGGCUCCAGCCUCCGCCGGCGGAGCUCCACUAUGCCAGACAGUUUCGACACUUUGCAAAGACAAAGACCAGAGGGAGGAGGAAGAGGAGGACAGGGAGGGCGAGGAGGAGGAGGGAGAGGAGGACGGCGCGAUGUGAGCCGGGAAGGGGGCCAGUGCUCGGGACAACCCCCCCUUUAGUCUCCCCGGAGCCCCUCAUCUCCAAAGCCGCGGAAACUCCAGCGUGUCUCCGGCUGCGUUGGGACCGUUUUCAGACUCCACCUUUCUGACCUGGAAAUGCCAGAAGUGAUCAUCAUCGCCAGGGGCUGUGGCGAGCAAACGUUUUGAGCUUUGUGGCCAGGACCGGAAGUGGACAUUCCCUGGGCAUACUUAGAUGAAGAAGCCGAGGCUCCGAGAGGUUGAGGCACUCCCCCCGAGAUCGCACAGCUGGUGACAGACGGCCCUCAGUGCCUUCGUCAAGCAGGCUGCUUAAUGGUGACAGCGUGGGAAAGACCGGGUUGUAAUUAAGUAUCAGCACACAUCAUCCCUUCCGGAGGACGGUGGCAAAGACACCUUCCCUCUCUCCUGCACCGUAACCCUUCCUUUGAGGUCCUCACCACCCCCCCCCCCCGAGAGUCCCUGCAUCUGUCACAAAGAUUAAUUGCCCCUCAACCCCUUUGGAUGGGAACGGAAAUCAUAUUAUUAAGUUUGAUUAAAGCUUCGAGAGACACUAUUGGCUGUUUAAGGACUGCUGACCAAGCCGCCUGCUUAUCUCCUGGAAAGACAGAUUAUAUGCAAGGGGAAUCAACCUCACCCCGAGUGGUCACUUAGCCGCCGGCCAUCACAGGGUGAUGUCCGGCACACUGGGGUGGCCGCUGGCCCACGGGAGCGAAGUCGGCCGCAGUCCCCCUGGGAGUCCCCGCCUCGCCUUGUGACCGAGCCUCCGUCUCUGGGAUUUUUCUUCCGCGUGCCCCCCCCCGCGCCCCCCCCCUGCUCCCGGGCGUGAUUUCCUCCAGCCCGUCCCUGGGAGGCGUCCUUCCGGACAGAGCAGAAAUGGUGACCGUGAGGAAAAGGACUCUCAAAGUGCUUACCCUCCUCGUCCUCUUCAUCUUCCUCACCUCCUUCUUCCUGAACUACUCCCACACCACGGUGGCCACCACCUGGUUCCCCAAGCAGAUGGUCGUCGAGCUGUCCGAGAACUUCAAGAAGUUCAUGAAGUACGCGCACAGGCCCUGCACGUGCGCCCGCUGCAUCGGGCAGCAGAGGGUCUCGCCCUGGUUCGACGAGAGGUUCAACCGGUCCAUGCAACCGCUGCUCACGGCCCAGAACGCGCUCCUGGAGGAGGACACCUACAGCUGGUGGCUGCUCAGCCCCUGGUGGCCACUUGGAAGAGAUGGGCGCUGGGAAGAGGGAGCCCCCGGUGAACAGAAAUCGAUAGCAACGAGCCGGGCGUUAGAGCUUCCGGGUUCCUUGACGGGAUGCGGGCCACAUGUCUGGAGUGAAGAAGCAGGACACCACGUCGCUGUGGCGGGGAGGCCGCAUCCCUCCCUCCCUCUCCAGUGUCCCCCAGCCAGAUCUGCGUGCAGGCAGCCUGCCCCCCCCCCCCGCCCCCGCAUUAACCGCUCUUUCUCCCCUUGCAGCACCUACGUCCCUGUCCCCGCGAAGAUCAAAGUGAAAAAGAAUAAGAUCCUGAUCUAUCAUCCGGCCUUCAUCAAAUACGUCUUUGACAACUGGCUGCAGGGCCACGGGCGAUACCCAUCCACCGGCAUUCUGUCUGUCAUCUUCUCGCUGCACAUCUGCGAUGAGGUAGACUUGUACGGCUUCGGGGCAGACAGCAAGGGGAACUGGCAUCACUACUGGGAGAACAACCCAUCGGCGGGGGCUUUUCGCAAGACCGGGGUGCACGAUGGAGACUUUGAGUCCAACGUGACGGCCACCUUGGCGUCCAUCAAUAAAAUCCGGAUAUUCAAGGGGAGAUGACGCUGCACAGGAGAACUGAGGCACGCCUCUCUGUGUCCAGCCCCAGCCUCUCGCUGGGGCCAUUCUGUCCUGGGAGCUUUGAGGGCCAGCCUCGGGGGUGGGGGCGUUCAGGUGCCCCUCGCGGCCUCCCGCGAGCCAACAUUUGGCAGCGUCUGCUCAGCAAGGUCCCCGAGCCCCGCCGGGUCUGCGAAGGAAGUCUCAGAACUGGUCUUAGAUGGAGAGGGCCCCUCACUGCUGUCCCGGAGCUGGAGGGAGGUGGGGAGAUGCGGGGGAGGGUCCAGUCUCCAAACACCGAGGUCCCUUUGGCUUCUGGGGAGGGGGCAGAUACUUGGGACUCUGUGUUCUAAAGGAAAGGACAGUUUUCCGGGACGGAUGGGCGGAGACUUUUCCUCUGCCCGGGGACCCAGGGAAGACCUCAGGACAGAGCCGUGUUGGACCAUGUGGACACUGGGGGCAAGAUGGUGCCUUUCUUUGCACGAUGCCCGGCCCCUCCCUCACUUGGCUCGACAACCCCCCGCCCCCCGCCACCCCGCUGUCGUCCCAAAGCUCAUUUACGGUGGCCGGAGAGGCUCCCCGCCCCGAAGGUCUUCACAGACUCGUGGCAGAGCGUUUCAGGCCCCGGCAGAUGUCUUCUUCCCCAGCCGAUGUCCCUGGAGCGAUGGAUCUUUGUGGCUGUAACCGUGGCUGAGAGCAGAUCUGACCACUUCCGCGUGCCUUUGUGUCUGGGGAGAAACACGCGCAUUGGCCAAAACAAGGCAAAAGCCUUGACUCGGGAGAGGGGACCCCCAGCAAUGCCUCCCCCUUGCCCUGUAGCUCGGGGGCAUCUUUUCUAGUUUCCUGAGGCAGCGCCUGAGUUGGAGCAGAGCUAGGAUGACGGGCAGUGCUGUCCAGAGGCGCGUCAGCCGGGGAGCAUCAUUCUUGCUUACGUUCACAGACCGUUGGAUGUGGCGCCCAUGACCUUCCAAGGCCACGCGCAUAACCUCCACCAGCCGGCACUUUCCCCAAGGAAACCCACGCUCUGGGCCACGUCCCUGCUGGCCACCUGCACGGUGUCCUGAGGGCUGCAGGGCCAUCCCACGAACAUGAGUUUCAGAGCGGGAGAAGACAUACCUCAUUCUCUCCCUCCCGGGCUGCGCUGAUCUUUCCUCUUCAGCCUUCCUGAUUAUUUAUUGAUUUAUUCUUUUAACUCCGCUGACGUCGUGUGCACUUUGUGGCUCUGUGGCUGGUCCUGACGGCUUAAUUGAGCUUGUUCUUGCUUCGCCUGGCAGCCGGGGAGUGGGGGAGCUUGAAUCUAGGUUCUUGGGGAGCUUCGGACUCGGGGUGGGGGGCGUCUAGGGCUUGGGGGCUUGCCGGUGGGCCGAUCCCAGGGUUUCAGGUUGGCAGCUUUGCAGGGUGCUCCGUACCUCCUUCCCUUCGGCCCCACCUUCCUUCCUCGUCAUCGUGGAUUGGAUUCAGUCUCGGGCUAAGAAUCUCCAAAACAGAGCGGGACUCCCUUGGGGCCGGGUGGGGAGUGGGGUCACACGUAUAGGAGGACAGUGAUUGUUGGCUCUAGUUACUGACCCUUAAUCAGAAAAACCGUUUUUCCUGUUGAGAGCGUUUGCUAACAGGCCAUGCCACCUUGAGGAGGCGUGACAGCUUCCUGGGGGAGCGUGAGGCAUGCCAGUCUCGGAAGCCACGGGGCCUGUCUCCUGCGCUCUUGCGGCUCUCUGGCAAGCCCCGUUCUCCCGGCUGCAGCCUCUCCCUCUACAAACAAGGAGGGAGGCAUGUUGUCAGCUGCGGGGCCACAGGUGGUGUUGGGCAGUUCCCAGGGGUCCCCAGAAAUGGCAUGCCGCGUUUGUCUCCCCCCCAGGCCUGUGCAUAUGAGCAUCGUCACUGGGAGAGAUUCCUUAGCCUUCAUUAGAUUCUCAGAGAUUCAGAAUCCAGAAUGUGAUGUAUAAAAAAAA